AUGCAGAACGGCACGGAAGGAAGCAACUUCUACAUUCCCAUGUCCAACCGGACUGGGCUUGUAAGGAGUCCUUUUCUAUACCAACAGUACUACUUGGCGCCUCCAUGGCAAUACUAUUGUCUUGCCUUCUAUGUUUUCUUCCUGAUCUGUUUUGGAUUCCCCAUCAACGGGCUGACCUUGUAUGUCACAGCCACAAACAAGAAGCUUCGGCAACCCCUUAACUUCAUCCUGGUCAACUUGGCUGCAGCUGGAAUGAUAAUGGUCCUCUUUGGAUUCACCAUCACCAUCACAUCUGCUCUUAACGGUUACUUCAUCUUUGGGCCAAUGGGCUGUGCUAUUGAGGGCUUCAUGGCUACACUUGGAGGUGAGGUUGCCCUGUGGUCUCUGGUAGUGCUGGCUGUCGAGAGAUACAUUGUGGUCUGCAAGCCCAUGGGCAGCUUCACGUUCACCUCCACCCACGCUGGUGCUGGUGUUGCAUUCACCUGGAUAGCUGCUAUGGCUUGUGCUGCUCCCCCACUGGUUGGCUGGUCCAGGUACAUCCCAGAGGGCAUGCAGUGCUCAUGUGGACCUGACUACUACACCUUAGCCGAAGGCUUCAACAAUGAAUCAUAUGUGAUCUACAUGUUUACCUGCCACUUCAUAUUGCCAGUCUGUAUGAUCGCCUUCACUUAUGGAAGUCUUGUCCUCACAGUCAAAGCGGCUGCAGCUUCCCAGCAGGACUCAGCAUCUACCCAGAAAGCUGAGAAGGAAGUGACACGUAUGUGCGUCCUGAUGGUUUGUGGUUUCAUGAUCGCCUGGACUCCCUAUGCCAGCCUUGCUGCCUGGAUCUUCUUCAACAAAGGAGUUGCUUUCACUGCCCAGUCCAUGGCUAUACCUGCAUUCUUCUCCAAGAGCUCAGCUUUGUUCAACCCCAUUAUCUAUGUGCUGAUGAACAAACAGUUCCGUGGCUGCAUGCUGGCCGCUGUAGGGAUGAAAGCAGAAGAAGAUGAGACGUCAGUGUCAGCAAGCAAGACAGAAUGGUCUGUGGUCACCACCUGCAGAAUCACUCCUUUUUUGGGGGUGUCUUGCUAAUUGCCUAUAAUUUCCACCUUUUGUCUAUUCCAUUUGCACAACAGCAUGUGAAAUUUAUUGUCAAUCAGUGUUGCUUCCCAAGUGGACAGUUUGAUUUCACAGAAGUGUGAUU